UCCGACGCGCCCUGACCUUAGCGGGCACAGGCGCUUCUUCCGGUCGUCUGGCUGACUUGCACAGGUUGAAUAUGAAUGUAAGAAGAAAUGUUUCACGUUCGUAACUAAACUGUCCCGUUCGAGGGAGAAGCAGCGCUCGCGGUUUAGUGUUUCUGCGCGUCACCGAGGCUCGCUGCUCCAGCAGUUGGCGCUGCCGUUGACGUAAACUUCACGUUAGCGCAACAUGUCUGCGGAGGAGGCGGACAAAACAGCCACCACUGACGCCAGUGCCGGUGAUGAGGAGGAGGAAUGGCUGUAUGGAGAUGAAUCAGAAAGCAAGGAGGAGGGUGAAGAAGCCAAGCUGAGUGGUGUAGUCAGUACACCUGCUGAGACUUCAACGGACGAUGCUGGUGUUGUUGAUGUACACGCUACGGGAAACGGAGUGGCCUCUGAGCCCUCAGGUGAAGCUGCAGGUGAGGAUGUGGAGAGUGACAGCGACAGCGAUGACGACGACGACGACGUCCGUGUCACCAUUGGUGACAUCAAAACUGGAGCCCCACAAUACACGACAUAUGGAGCCCCGCCGGUUAACCUCAACAUAAAGACAACAGGGUCCAGACCGUAUGGACAAGUGAACACAAAGCUGAAGGGUGUGGAUCUGGACGCACCUGGAAACAUCAAUGGUAUUCCUGUGCUGGAGGUGGACAUGGAGUCCUUUGAAGAGAAGCCCUGGAGGAAGCCAGGAGCGGAUCUGUCUGACUACUUCAACUAUGGUUUUAACGAGGACUCCUGGAAGGCUUACUGUGAGAAACAGAAGAGACUGCGGAUGGGCCUGGAGGUCUCUACAAUUGGCUCCGUGACGAGCAAGAUCAGUGUUCAACAGGGCAGAACAGGAAAUGAAAAGGAUGUAUCCAGUUUGGCUGUUCAUACCUCCAAAACAGACUUUACAUCUCCUGUCAGCCUCUACAAGUCUGUUACCAGCCAGAUCACCAGGAAGCCAAGCGGUACCAUUGAUGUGAUUGGUGGACAGACGGCCACGAUAAGCCGGGUUGAGGGUCGACGCAGACACAACCUAGAGGGCAACAAUAUCCAGGUGAUCUCUGAGCAUUCGACCUCAGACGCUGAACCAGCACCGGCUAAGAUUCCUACCUUCUUCCCCCCCGGACCCCUUCCUCCAAACAUACCCCCGCCGCCCUUUCUCCCUCCUCCACCAAACGUCAGCACUGCUCCUCCUCUCAUACCUCCACCCAGAUUGCCCAUCACAGUCCCUCCUCCUGGUUUUCACCCUCCAACCAGCGGGCCUCCGCCUUCUUUAAUUCCCACAAUGGACAGCAGCCACGGCGGAGGCUACGACGGUCGCUCUGUGCCCCCGUACCCGUUUCCUCAAGGGGCUUACCCUCCGCCUUUAGCCGGAGGUGUGCCUCCGCCAUGGCCCCCCAUGGUGGACAACAGCAAGCCCUGGGACUACUAUUCUCGUAGGGAGGACAAGAGAGACAAGGAGCGUGAGAGACCCAGAGAGAGGACGCAUGAGCGGGAGCGAGAGAGGGAACACAGCCCCUCAACCAUGAGCUACACCAGGUCAGAAGGACAGCCACAUGCAUGUGACGAGGAGCGGUAUCGCUACCGCGAGUACCAGGAGCGUGGCUACGCAGAGCGCCAUCGUGAUCGGGCCAGCCGGGAGAAAGAGGAGAGACACAGAGAGAGGCGGCACCGAGAGAAAGAGGAGGGCCGUCACAAGUCGUCCCGCAGCAGCAGCAGUCGAAGGAGACACGACAGCGAGGAGGGCGACAGCCACAGGAGGCACAAACACAAGAAGAGCAAAAGGAGCAAGGAGGGCAAAGAGGCUGAAGACAUGGGUGCAGAUCAGGAGAACCAGGAGGCUAUGGAGUAGCCAUGACCGGGUCCUAUUUUCCCCUCACUUUGUCCUCGCGCUGACAAAAAUGGACGGGGAAGGGGAUGAGAUUAACGCAUCAUGUCGUCCUCCGUCAGUCUGGUUCCCCCUGCACGCUCCUGCUGUUAAACUUCACCAUCACGUCAGAAUAGACCGAGGAGAAGAGGAGCUGAAAGGAGAGCCGCUCGUCCUUCUCAUGUUUCCACCAGUAAACACCGUAGUCUCUGCAGCCGCCUCCAUCCUGUCCCGCACGGCUGCACCGUUGUAUAUUCUGGACCAUUAGUCUGAUAGGACCGUUUUCUAUUGUUGGUUUGAUUUCCUUUUGUUCUUGUCUGAAAUUAAGACUUCCAAAAAAAAACAAAAAAGCUGUCUGUUAAGUUUGAUUAAAAACACUUUUGAUAAGUCA